AGCCGUCCAUCACAAUUCGCAUCGAUAGUUGUCCGGCCGAUCCGGUCCGCACCUCAAACUCCAAGGAAUAAAUACGGCGUCGUUUUGGUUUGGCCCUGCCCCUGUGUUCAUCUCCACUUUCUGCCCCUCGCCCUCGCCCUCGCCCCCGCCCCCUCUGGUUUAUUGAUUCUCACGUUACAUGCACACACUCCCCUUCCCUCUCGUCUCACCGCCCCGCCCCCUCCCAAUUCUUUCCAUUAAUCCCCUGAAUGAGAAUUCCCGGAUUUCUCUUUAAGUUUUAGAUCUCGUCUUCUAUAUACGGAAAUGGCUACUCUUUCUCCGAGUCCUCGAACUGUGGAGGAGAUCUUCAAGGAUUACAGUUCCCGUCGCGCUGGAAUUGUUCGUGCUUUAACUGACGAUGUGGAUGAGUUUUACGGGCUCUGUGAUCCAGAGAAGGAGAAUUUAUGUCUAUAUGGACACCCAAACGAAACUUGGGAAGUAAAUCUCCCAGCUGAGGAGGUUCCCCCUGAGCUCCCAGAGCCAGCCCUCGGAAUCAAUUUCGCCAGGGAUGGAAUGAACCGAAAAGAUUGGCUUUCGCUAAUCGCUGUGCACAGUGAUUGUUGGUUACUUUCUGUGGCCUUUUAUCUUGGAGCUAGACUGAACCGCAAUGAAAGAAAGCGACUGUUCAGCAUGAUCAAUGAUCUGCCAACUAUUUUUGAGGUGGUAACUGAGAGGAAGCCUGCAAAAGAUAAAUCCAAUGCAGAUAGUGGAAGCAAAUCUCGCGGGGCCACAAAGAGAACUAGUGAUGGACAGGCCAAAAAUAACCCCAAGCCUGCAGAGGAAAGCUAUGAAGAGGAUGAAGAAGAGCAUAGUGAAACAUUAUGUGGAAGCUGUGGUGGAAAUUACAAUGCAGAUGAGUUUUGGAUUGGCUGUGAUGUCUGUGAAAGGUGGUUCCAUGGAAAGUGCGUGAAGAUAACUCCGGCGAAAGCUGAGAACAUCAAGCAGUACAAAUGCCCUUCCUGCAUGAAGCGUGGCCGGCAGUAGCAGUCACUGUGGCACAUCAGAGGGAAAUAGUAUUCAUCCAAAACCUGACAGUUAUAACAAUUGCUUUGCAACUGUUUGUAGUGGAUAUUUUUGUGAUGUCAAUAACAGCCUAUUAUUGAGAUGAGGACAAAGCCAGUGUUUGUCUGUACCAAAUGAUUUAUUUCUAUGUUAUAGCUUUUUUAUAUAGGAGUCUUUGAUUCA